CCGAUGAAUAAACUAAAAUUUUAUUUAUCAAAAUGCAUUCUUUCUUAGCAAUCUCGUGCGUUUUUAUUUGUUUUACAACAACUAUUGCAUUUGUAAAACAUGACACAAAACUUUGGUCCCACACAUUUAAACUAGGCGAAAAAUCGUAUUUUAUAGAAACCGAAAAAAUGAAUUUCGACGAUGCAAAUAAUUUCUGCAAGGGCCAUAAUAUGCAGUUGGUAGCUAUAGCAAACGCUACUGAAAAUACAAAAAUGUACAACGAGUUGAAUGAAAUGGGUGAUUUUAAAGACAAAUCUGCAUUAUGGACAUCAGGAACAAAAUUAGCAAAAUCAGACGACUGGGUAUGGUUAACCAGCAUGGAAAUUAUUACAUUCUUCGACUGGGGUACUGGAGAACCAAACAACGCUGGUGGCAACGAGUAUUGUUUAGCCCUGCAUCCUAACUUUUAUUCUUCUGGUCAUUGGAAUGAUGUUGCUUGCUCAGAAUUACUCUACCCUCUUUGUGAAACAGUCUAAUUAAACCGAAACAAUAUUAUUAGCGUACCAAUUAGAAUAGAUUAAAAUAAAUAAUUAAACCAAAUAGUUACCA